CACUGAACUAAUACCACAAAUACAGACCUGGAAAGCGCUUUAAAGUCCACUGUAAAUAGGUGAAAGCGAGGUUUCAGAAUGAGGAAAAGAGGCGUAAAUGAAGCAGAUUCUUCUGCAGCACAAGUUAAGAAACCCAGAGUCAAACAGCAGAAGAAGGACAGGACGUCCAAACAGUGGAUGAAAAGAUGCCUAUUGUUGCUGUUUCUUAUCGCUGUUUCGCUGCCUGUCGCAGUAAAACUACCUGCAUUAAUCCAGCACCUUGUUUACACUUAUAGAAUCAGGCUGCCGUACUUCGCUGACCUUAACCGACCUGCUGAGUUCUCCCUCAAUCACACCAUCAACAUGUACUUAACAACAGAGGAGGGAAUCUCCCUCGGCGUGUGGCACACUGUCCCUGACAGUCGGUGGAAAGAGGCACAAGGGAAGGACUUGGCGUGGUACCAGAGCACUUUAAGCGAUGGAAGUCCAGUUUUCAUAUAUUUCCAUGGGAAUACACAAACAAGGGGAGCCCCCCAUCGAGUUGGAGUGGCAAAAGUAUUGAGCGCACUCGGCUACCAUGUGGUGGUGCCUGAUUACAGAGGGUUUGGAGAUUCCACCGGCGAGCCGACUGAAGGCGGACUGACUGUGGACGCCCUCUAUGUGUACAACUGGGUCAAAGCACGCAGUGGGGACAGUCUGGUCAUCUUCUGGGGACACUCUCUUGGCACUGCAGUCUCCACCAACACUGCUGUCAAACUGAUUGAACAAGGUGUGGUUGUUGAUGGUGUGAUUCUGGAGGGGGCGUUCAAUAGCGCUCGACAGAAAAUUCCAGGUCAUGCUUUUUCUUGGUAUUAUUGGAGAUUUCCAGGACAGGAGUAUUUGUUUCCAGAGCCAUGGGCUGAAAACAAAUUGGUUUUUCCCACUGAAGAGAAUUUGAAGAAAAUGAAAAGCCCGAUUCUCUUCCUGCAUUCAGAGGACGAUCACCUAGUCCCUCCCCACGUCUGUGAGCAGAUGCGUGACAUUGCAGCAAGUUACCAGAGUGAAGAGCGGGUGAAGCUGGUCAUGUUUGAAGGUUCUCUGGGAUAUCUGCACAACGGCUUAUACAGAGACCACCGCCUGCCCGGCAUCUUAAAGAAUUUUGUGGAUUCGCUGUCAUAAGGAAAAGACGAUUAACGCAGAAGAAUCUCACCAAGUUUCAGAGGCACAAGCUGCAGCAAAAUCAUCUUCAUAUACAGAUAAAUAUACGUUAAUCGUUCUUGAUCAUAUUGCUAUAGUGGUGAUUUUUCCGCUUUUGACGUCCGAUGUUUGAUUGACACUCAGGCUUAACAUGAUGAUGAUGAUGAUGAUGAUGAUGAUGAUGAUGAUGAUGAUGAUGAUGAUGAUGAUAAGCUUGAUUUCAAACAUAAGUAGGAAUAAAAUAAUAAUAAAGGUGAACAAAAGGCAAAGAGAAAUUGCGAAUUUAAACAGGACACCACAGAAUAUGGAGUAGGUCAUAUUUUGCUAAACUCACUUUUAUUAGUCUUUUGGUACAUUUAUUUGUGUAUUUGAUUGAUUUUGAUUGAUUAAUUGAUUGAUUGAUGUAUUUCAAAUAUGAAUGUCAGAACAGAAGAAAAUAAAUAAACAAAACACUUAAACAUAAGACACAAGACAUAUAAUACAUAUUUGAAAAGGAGUGAGAAGAAACAUAAUUUAUAAACUCCCUCCCCUUCUCCUUAAAUUACACUGGUCAGCAACAAAUUUAUUAAGUUUUUUGAGCUGAUUUAGGAUAAUUUUGGUGUGCUGAAUCCAAAAAUCACAUUAAU